ACUACAUCGUCGGCCAUGGCUAAUAAUGCAUCUCAAAGAAUAAUAAUUAGCAACAAAAAAAGAAUGAAGAAACCCGAUUGAUCCCAAUUACAGCUUCGACCGACGAUGCUCAACCUGUGUCCGGUUCGAGACGGAGUGCAGGAGCCGAGCUUCGUGGUUUAUUACUUAGGAGAGAGUGAAAGUUGUGGCUAUUGUAUCGUUGAAGGAUUCUUAUGGAUGGAGUCAAUCUUUCGCCGGCAUUGUUCAGUUUUGACAUGGGGGUGUGAUUUUAUGGUCUUUAGCAACUUUUCUAACUCCUUGGUCUAUGGGGGUUUCCUUGCGGCCGGGCACUGUUUUUCAUUGGAUGUUGCUAAGCAUUGCAGAAGACGUAGCUCUUCCCUGCAUGAACAAUAUGAUUGCAAGAUGUUUUCCACGGACAGAACGAUCAAGGGCUGUAGCUCUUGCAAUGGCGGGAUUUCAGCUUGGAAGUGCUAUUGGGCUCACUCUCUCCAAUUCUCAUGUCCCAGGGUGGUUUGUUUGGACCAUUUGUUAUAUUUGGUCUAUCAGGCUUUCUUUGGGUUCUGAGCUGGGGAUUUUUGUGAUGCUUUCAUGGAUGCCAAUUUACUUCAAAACUAUAUACCGUGUUGAUCUCAGACAAGCAGCAUGGUUUAGUGCUGUUCCUUGGAGUAUAAUGGCAUUAAUGGGUUACGCUGCUGGUGUUUUAUCUGACCGUAUGAUUCGAAUUGGUAUGAGCGUUACACCGACCCGCAAAGUGAUGCAGUCAUUUGGUUUUUUUGGACCUGGGGUUGCCCUCAUUGGUUUAACUAAGGCUCCAGCUCCAACUCCAACAAUAGCAUCAGCUUGGCUUACUCUAGCUGUCGGGUUAAAAGCGUUCAGUCACUCUGGAUUCCUUGUAAACUUCCAGGAAAUCGUACCUCAGUAUUCAGGUGUUUUGCAUGCAACAAUAGGACGGAGGGUUACCAUAGCGGCUGAUGAUGGUGGUGGCCACCGUAGUGAAAGAUAGACGGGGCCGACUAUUGAACGGCAAGAGCAUAGGCUUGG